AUGGAAAAAAUAAAUCUAUUCAUCUGGACUUACUUGUUGAAGCAGAGGACAGUUUCACGUCCGAUCCGGGACGCUUCUUCAGCUCUUCUAAACUGGCGGGAAAUCGUCGUUGCCGAUUGGCGCCGAAGCACCGUCGAUGUUAUUGUCUUGGAGACGUCGAGGAAUUUUUCGGAUUACAGGCCAGUUCUUGCCAAUUUGUACAUGGAAGACUUUGAGAAAUUUGCCCUGAGUUCUUUUCCCGGCAUUCCACCUACCCACUGGUUUAGAUACGUGGACGAUACUUGGGUCAAGAUUAAGACUACGGAACUUGAUUCUUUUUUCGAUCACAUCAAUAACUGUGAUCCGUCUAUUAAGUUCACAGUGGAAAGAGUCAAGGACAACCAACUCGCGUUCUUGGAUUGCCUCAUCACCAUCGAGGAAGACGGAUCGCUGAGCUCGUCAGUCUUCAGAAAAGACACCCACACAGAUCAAUACCUGUUGUUUGACUCUCAUCACCCGCUCAUCCACAAGUUGGGAGUAGUGAAGACAUUGUUCCACAGAGCUUCAUACAUUCCUUCUUCUGAGACAACCAAGGAGAAAGAACAUAAACACCUCCGAGAGGCUCUACGUAAAUGUGGUUACCACGGGUGGAGCAUAGAGAAAGCCCUUCACCCGCGACGCCAACGUGAGAACAACCUUCCUCGACCGACGGAACAGGGGCGUCGCUUCGGUGUCUCUGUCCCCUACGUCAGUGGACUUUCAGAGAAAAUCCGGAGGAUCCUGUCUUCUUACCGCAUCCCAGUGUACUUCAAACCGACUAACACACUCAGGCAGAAAUUGGUUCACCCGAAGGAUAAAGUUCCCAAAGACAAGAAAAACAACAUUGUCUAUGCUAUCCAGUGCCAAGAGACAGGUUGCAGCGCUAAUUACAUUGGUGAAACCAAGCAACCCCUCUCCAAGCGUUUGUAUCAACAUCGCAGACCAGGCGCAUCGGGAUACGAUUCUGCCGUAUACUCCCACCUGAACACGUCUAAACACAACUUUAAAGAUAAAGACGUGCUCAUCCUAGACAAGGAACCUAGGUGGUUUGAGAGGGGGGUCCGUGAGGCGGUCUACGUCAACGCAGAAAACCCAUCUCUCAACAAAGGAGGAGGAUUACGACAUAACCUCUCUCGGAUUUACAAUCCUGUAAUCCGAAAAAUUCCUCGACGUCUCCAAGACAAUAACAUCGACGGUGCUUCGGCGCCAAUCGGCAACGACGAUUUCCCGCCAGUUUAG